AUGGAAAGAGGGAACUAUUUCUGCAGAACACGCCUUGCAACUACUGUUUUCAAGAAGAUAAUAGAAGUGGAAACACAUUACCAAAAGGGUGUCUUUCCUUAUGGUGUUGUGGAAGUUGAUCGUCAAAAUGGACACAUGUUGCCUACAAUAACUUUUGGAGAGGAAAAAACAUGUGCUUUCAACAUUAUCAAGUUACAAAAUACAAUUGCCUGCAAGUUGGAUCUAGAUAUAUCAAAAUAUGAUGAUGAAACAACCAGAGCAGCAAAAAUAUUUGCAUCACUAAGUGAAAAGAGUUGGUACAUUCUCAUCCUUGAUGAUCUGUGGGAAGUUUAUUUUCUGGACGAGGUAGAAAUCCCUGAACCUACUUUCAGAAAUGGAUGCAAGUUGGUAUUAACAACUCAGUCUCUCAAUAUUUGUCGUGGUAUGAAUUGUAAAAGCAUUCGAAUGGAGAUUCUAACAGAAAGGGAGGCAGAAAAGUCGUUCAUGGAUAGAGUUGGUCAUGAUGUUUUAGGCACUCCAGAGGUGGAACCAAUUGUGAAUGAAAUUGUUGAAUAA